ACCUCUGCCCCUCCCUCGGUCCACGAUGCGUAGGCUGUCCCACAGCGUGAGAGCCCACCUCUCCAUGCAACUAGGCUAACUUCAAAACUUUGCCUGGAGUAAAACUACAGAGGGAAAAUACGUACGCUAUGUAUUACAGCAAGUGGUGAAAAGGGGGGAAAGGUUUUUUUUUUAUCGCCCCGAUUGUUGCCACACAGCGGGGUGAUUUAAGGGCAGGCCGGAAAAAAGACUGUAGGAUGUGGAUCUGGUAUCUCUUACUUGGUUCGGGAUCGGGCACAGGCUCGGUUGAGAGCCAGCUUCUCCCUGGGAACAACUACACCACGGAGUGCAACAUUCCCGGGAUCUUCAUGUGCGGAGAUGGGAAGUGCAUCCCAGGAGGCUGGAAGUGUGACGGUUAUCCCGACUGCUUUGACUCCAGUGACGAGAAGGGAUGCCCUAAGGUGAGGUCCAAAUGUGCGCCCACCUUCUUUGCUUGUGCUAACGGGAUGCACUGCAUCAUCGGACGCUUCCGCUGUAACGGCUUCAACGAUUGCCCUGAUGGCAGCGACGAGGAGAACUGCACUGGAAAUCCUCUGUUGUGUUCAGCCGCACGGUUUCACUGUCGGAAUGGCCGCUGUGUAGACCGCAGUUUUCUCUGUAAUGGAGAAAACAACUGCCAUGACAACACAGAUGAAGAAAACUGCCUGACCACUGAACAGGCUCCCGGGGAGGAUGUGGUCACCCUGGACUACCGGCUGCGCUACUACCCGAGUAUCACCUACGCCGUCAUCUGCAGUGCCGUCAUCUUUGUCCUGGUGGUGGCGCUGUUGGCCCUGGUGCUGCACCACCAACGCAAGCGCAGCGUGCUGCUGCCACGCGUGGCCCGCGUCGGGGCCAGAGGCGGCCCGCACCACCAGCCCCUGCUGCUCUCCCGCCUGCUCAUCGUGGAGCGGGGGCACGCCCAUCACCACGGCGGCGGCAGCGGCGGCGGCGGCCUCAGUCCAGGCCACGCCCUGGCCACUAGCCCCACCUCCCCGCCACCGGGGCUCCAGCUGCUCGCCAGCGCCCUCUACCCACCAUCACCACCAUCACACGCGCCCCCCUCUUACUCACAGGCUGUGCUGGACGCCAGUAGGCCUCCAUGGUUUGACCUGCCUCCUCCGCCCUACCUUCUCGAGGGCGAUGUACCAGCCGACAGAGAGCUGCCCAGCUACGAGCCCCCCCAGGCCGCUACUCACCCAGAACACCCCCACCGGACUAGCCGCACCCCCGCUGAGGAGAGUGACCAGCUGUAAGUCUGAGUUGGGGCUGCAGCCAGAGAAUGAGAGAGACACCUGAGGAGAGGAAUGGACAGACUGCAGCUCUCUUGCUUCAAACCCUGCUAGACAGCUCCCUCUGCUGGAUGUCUGGUAGUAUGACACCCACAACCCCCCUAACAUGGAGAGUUGGGUCUUUCUGCCCCCCUUAACAACCUUCUAUAAGAGAGGAAGACAAGAGAGUGAGCCUCAUGCUUGUACGCUACAGUAGUUCUGUUCACCUUUAAAGGGUUGAAGUGGAACCAUCUGGACGAACUCUCUUGUGACAUGGACAACAGCACCCGAAGAGCAGAACAUAGCCUGGUGACAGGACGAGCACUUAUGUCCAGAGAUGUCUUUUUUUGCCCAAAGGGGACUAUGUAACGUUAGCUGUGCAAAGUGUUACAGACAUGGGCAAUAAGAUGUAGCUUAUGUUAGAGAGUUUGUGGUGUACAGUAUAUAUGUGUAUAGUCACUGCUAGGGCAUGAGCAUCUUAGCUGUGCCGGACCGAACAUGACCAUAGAGGACAGAGCGAGUGGCUGGCUCCCUCUGGAGGUGCACUUCAGGCAUCGUGUCACACACUACAUGCAUAUCCUCUACACUGGUACUUCUGUGUCCAUCAGUUCUCGUCUACAGCCAAUCUUUAACCUGUAAUUAAUGCAGGGUAUAUAUCGCUACACUCCUGACAGCUAGAUGGCAUCUAGAACCUCAGUGGUUGUCUCCAUUGAAGAAUAUUCUGGAAUGUGUUUUUUUAGGGUUCUACAGCAUCCAACAAAAGGCUCUUUUCUAAGAAGACAUUGCAUCUGAAAGCCUUAAGGACCCCAGAAAAUCCUGUGGGUGUGUGUGUGUGUGUGUGUGUGUGUGUGUGUGUGUGUGUGUGUGUGUGUGUGUGUAUGUUUGUGUGUACAUGUGUAUGAGUGUGUGUGUCUGUGUGCGUGCGUGCGUGUGGCCUUCCAAAAUGUGCCUCAGAGUCUGGUCAAGAUGAAGCUCGAACUCUCGCCCUGUCCAUCUCUUACCCAUUCAUCACUUGGCAUGGACAGUUUUCUCUACAGUGGCUGCCUAAAGCUCCGACUGCCUAUCUGAUCAAGUGGGAUGCUUUUAUCCUUUGGUGGAGGUCAUUUCCUCCCAGUCAACCGAUUUGCCACUCCACUGAUCAGACGCCUGGUCUUGUCCUGCAUUUUUAUUUAUUUAAAGUCUUUCUUUACAAAGGAGCACAGACCUCCUGCGAGAAGGGGCAUUUGUGUGAGAACACUAUUAAAGUAGGGUUCAGCAAGAGCACCGUCAGAAAUAUGGAGCUGUGCUCUUUAUGUCUUAAGAACUUAUUUCUAGCAGUUAUUUCAGCACACACACUCACUCACACACACACACACACACACACACACACACACACACACACACACACACACACAAACCUUCUCUUGGGAAAUCAUUGCCUUAUGGUGGCUGUCUUGGCCAAGUCACCCAAGUGCCACUCAUUUGCUUUGGAGUCGAGGAACAUUAUGAUGGAUUCUACCCCUCACCCUCCCACCCCCCUCCAAAACUCCAUCCAGACGCAUUGGUGCAGAUAACUGUUUAAUUAAAAAAAUCAAACUCAAACUUGUGACAAUCUAAGUAAAAAUCAAAGAUGUGACUUGUCAAAACUGCCACCCAUGGUGAAAUGUACUGACUCUCUUCUAGAGCAGAAUUUGCAUUCAUCUAAGAGUUCAUUCAAGUCCAGUGCAGUCAUCUCAUUUCUUCAGCAUGUGAUACCCUGUCAGGACUUUAGUCAGUGCGAUUACAUAUCAAUCUAUUUAAUAAAUGACCAAUGAAUACGUAAUAAUAAAUGAAUUAGGAUCUAGACAUGAAUCAGCGAGUUAGAACUCAAUUGCAUGAUGAUUAGCAUACAGUGAUUUACUAACAUGUAAUGUUUUGAAACAAAGAAUCGCAGCUCAUUGUGCUAUGAAGUAUAUCAUUAAAAAAGUGUCAUUUUGUUCUCAUUAUCUGUAAUAUGCUCAUUUUGCAGCAACUCCAAAGUGUUCAGUUUACUGUAAUAUGAUCUACAGUUGCCCAUGAAAUGUGAAUGUCACUUGCUUCAUUUGAUUUCAAAAUCAUGCUGGAUCUCUUGAAAUUUGACCAGUGCCCGUGCAUUAUUUGCUAGUAGCAAUUGUGCACAGUGCAGGUGUAUGUGUGUGUGUGUGUGUGUGUGUGUGUGAGAGAGAGAGAGAGAGAGAGAGAAGGACAUUGCAUGCAUGCAAGAUCAUCUCAACAUUGUAAAUGAUGUGUGUCGUCCGUGCUAAAAUUUGAAACACUAUGCCAUGACCGAACACUAACACAUUUGAAAUAACAACAUAACAGAAGUCAACAGAUGACAUAAGGUCACAGUAAAGUUGUUACAUGGAUGAUGUGGAUACAUUUGAAGGAUACAGUAACUGACAGCUAUACCAAUGUGUAUUGUUGAAGUGGAAUUCACCCGUUAAGCCUCAGUAGAUUGCAAGAGAGAGCAUUUUGGACAGGAAGGAACUGCUGAUAUUGAGUCGGAUGUCACUUACUACUAUCUGGUUUAUAUUCCAGUGUUUUUAGAUUCAAGGCUGAAAAAUCAAAUAAACUAAAAUCAACAGCCACUGCCAGGCCCCGUCCCCCACCCCCUCUCCUUCUUCAUAAUAUAUGACAAUAAAUGUAUUAUUACGGAAAAAAAGAAAGUGUGUUGUA